GGCGGUGCUGCCGGAGCAGAUUGCAGCCGGUUCCUGCGGCUUCUCCUGCGCCGGGCGCGGAGCAGCGGCGGGGAGCGCGGGCGGAGCCCCCGCCGCCCCCGGCCCCGCCACCGCCACCCUCCCCGGGCCGCCACCAUGGUGCAGAAAUCCCGCAACGGAGGCGUUUACCCGGGUCCCGCCGCUGAGAAGAAGCUCAAGGUGGGCUUCGUGGGGCUGGACCCGGGAGCCCCGGACUCCAGCCGGGACGGGGCGCUCCUGAUCGCCGGCUCCGAGAGCAGCAAGCGGGGCAGCAUCCUCAGCAAACCCCGCUCCGGGGUGUCCGGCAGCGGGAAACCCCCCAAAAGGAAUGCAUUUUACCGCAAGCUGCAGAAUUUCCUCUACAAUGUACUGGAGAGACCGCGGGGCUGGGCUUUCAUUUACCACGCAUACGUUUUCCUCCUAGUUUUCUCCUGCCUGGUGCUGUCUGUGUUUUCGACCAUCGAUGAGUACCAGAACAGUUCAGAAGGGGCUCUUUACAUCCUGGAAAUUGUCACCAUCGUGGUGUUUGGGGUUGAAUACUUUGUGCGGAUCUGGGCAGCCGGCUGCUGCUGCCGAUACCGCGGCUGGAGGGGAAGGUUAAAAUUUGCCCGCAAGCCUUUCUGCGUCAUCGACAUCAUGGUACUGAUCGCCUCCAUCGCCGUGCUGGCAGCGGGGUCCCAAGGGAACGUCUUUGCCACCUCAGCACUCAGGAGUUUGAGGUUCCUGCAGAUCCUGCGCAUGAUCCGCAUGGACCGGCGGGGCGGCACCUGGAAACUCCUGGGCUCUGUGGUCUAUGCGCACAGUAAGGAGCUGAUUACUGCCUGGUAUAUUGGCUUCCUGUGCCUCAUCCUGGCCUCUUUCCUGGUAUACUUGGCUGAGAAAGGAGAAAAUGAGCACUUUGAUACAUACGCGGAUGCACUCUGGUGGGGUCUGAUUACUCUCACCACCAUCGGCUAUGGGGACAAGUACCCGCAGACCUGGAAUGGGCGGCUGCUGGCGGCGACGUUCACGCUUAUCGGCGUCUCCUUCUUCGCCCUCCCUGCCGGCAUCUUGGGUUCGGGAUUUGCUCUGAAGGUUCAAGAGCAGCAUCGACAAAAACACUUUGAGAAGAGGCGAAACCCGGCAGCGGGUCUGAUUCAGGCGGCUUGGAGAUUUUAUGCCACCAACCUGUCCCGGACGGACCUGCACUCAACCUGGCAGUACUACGAACGCACUGUCACCGUCCCCAUGUACAGCACGCAAACGCAAACGUACGGUGCCUCCAGACUCAUCCCUCCUCUGAACCAGCUGGAACUCCUGAGGAACCUGAAGAGCAAAUCGGGACUGACAUUCAGGAAAGAGCAGCAGCCCGAACCAUCGCCAAGUCAGAAGGUCAGUUUGAAAGAUCGUGUCUUCUCCAGUCCCCGCGGUGCUGGCACCAAAGGGAAAGGCUCUCCACAGGCUCAGGGCAUCCGGAGGUCCCCCAGCGCUGACCAGAGCAUCGAGGACAGCCCCAGCAAAGUGCCCAAGAGCUGGAGCUUUGGAGACCGCAGCCGAGCCCGCCAAGCUUUCCGCAUCAAGGGAGCGGCAUCACGGCAAAACUCGGAAGAAGCAAGUCUCCCUGGAGAAGACAUUCCUGAUGAGAACAAAAGCUGCAACUGCGAGUUUGUGACGGAAGAUUUGACACCGGGACUGAAAGUCAGCAUCAGGGCUGUGUGCAUUAUGAGAUUUCUUGUCUCCAAGCGCAAGUUUAAGGAGAGCCUUCGGCCCUAUGACGUGAUGGAUGUCAUCGAGCAAUAUUCCGCCGGUCACCUGGACAUGCUGUCCCGGAUUAAAAACCUUCAGGCCAGGAUAGAUAUGAUUGUGGGUCCCCCGCCCCCUUCAACUCCCCGGCAUAAGAAGUAUCCAACCAAAGGACCCAUGUAUUCUUCCAAAGAAUCUCCCCAAUACUCGCCUAGAGUUGACCAGAUCGUUGGGAGAGGAUCCUCCAUGACCGACAAGGAUCGGACCAAAGGGCCAGUGGAGGGGGAGCUGCCUGAAGACCCCAGCAUGAUGGGCAGGCUUGGAAAAGUUGAAAAACAGGUUCAGUCAAUGGAGAAGAAGCUGGAUUUCCUGGUGAACAUUUACAUGCAGCGGAUGGGCAUCCCACCAACGGAGACGGAGGCUUAUUUUGGGUCCAAAGAACCAGAUCCAGCACCUCCCUACCACAGCCCCGAAGACAGCCGGGAGCACAUUGACAAGAAUGGCUGCAUCAUCAAGAUCAUCAGGUCUACCAGCUCCAUGGGUCAGAAGAACUUCUCUGCCCCACCAGCCCCAACCAACACAUGCCCGCCCUCGACAUCGUGCCAGCAGCAGGUCUACCAGCGGCAAAGCCACGGCUCCUCGCCCAUCGGAGACCCCGGCUCGCUGGUCCGCAUCCCACCUCCUCCUUCGCACGAGCGCUCCUUGUCGGCGUACAGCGGGGGGCACAGGGCGAGCGCAGAGUACCUGAGGAAUGAAGACAUUACAACCAAACACCACGAGAGUGCCCUGAGAGACAGCGACACGUCCAUCUCCAUCCCCUCGGUAGACCACGAGGAACUGGAGCGCUCUUUCAGCGGCUUUAGCAUCUCCCAGUCCAAAGAGAAUUUGGACAUCCUUAACAACGGUUGCUAUGCAGCUGUGGCCAAAAUCAGACCCUACAUUGCAGAAGGGGAAUCAGACACCGAUUCUGACCUCUGCACACCCUGCGGUCCUCCUCCCAGGUCGGCCACGGGUGAGGGACCCUUCAGUGACAUGGGCUGGUCAGCCCCCAGGCAGUGAAACCUUCUCGCAGCCGCCGAGCCACGUCCGAGCGCUGGCACCUGCCUGUGCCAGCUGUCCAUGCAUUGAACUUCUCAAGGAGAUCGACAGCUAAGGUUUUCCUCCAAUAGGACAUCCUUAGCUGGCAGAUAACUUUCUUGCAGCUCACUCUGUAUGUGGGGGGGAAAGAGCAGGUCCGAGCCUGCGUUUGUGGAAGAGGUCAUGGUGGUGAGCGAACUGGAGCCGUGGAGUCCAGAUUUCUUUCUUACUCUCUUUCUAAGAUCAUUAAGUGAGAUUAUUUCAUGGUGCAGGGUAGGCGAUUUGCAUUUCUUGGGAAUCUUCAGAAGUCCAGGACAGGAAUAAAUCACUUGGCCAGGGCUUUUGGAAGUCACAGUAACUGGUGACUGACAAGUGUUAGGUGGGAAUUGCCAACAGCACUGGUAAUUACACUUUUAGGUAUCUUGGAGUCACAGAAUGAACACAUCUGUUUCUGACUUAGAUUUCAGGUCACGUCUAAUUAUAGGGGGGUUGUUACUCUGUGGUUUCUCAUUAACCGUCAGGAAGGUGGCAUAAUUCCAAUAUAAUACAUGGAUAUAUUGUGUGGGCCACUGGAGGAGUGGGAUGGUGGCUUGAAUAUUUGCAUGAGCAGAAGAUGUGGCCUCAAAGUGGGACAGGUUAGGAUACUGCUCUGAACCAGAAUGGUUUGGAAAUUGUCCCAUCUUAGGAAACUGAAAAACUCCGGAAUAUGAGCUUGAGUGCAAAAAGAGAAACAGCCCACGGGGCAGAGAAAUUAGACAGAGAAGGAGGACAAGAGUCUACAGGGCUGGGAUUUUAUGUUUUAAACCAUGUAUUAUAUUUAAUUAUCUCUCCUCCCAUUGACAAUGGACCUAGAGGUGCUUUGGAAGCAAAGGCAAACCAAAGGCAACCCCUCUGGAGAGGCUUGCCACUCUGUGAAGCUAUUCUGGUGGCCAACAGUGCUGUUGUUGGGUCUUAGCCACCAUGCAAAGGUUGAGGGUGGAUGCGCAAGAUGCCAUGGUCCCCACGUUGCUGCGAGUUAAGCGCUGAGCUCCAUCCUCUUGAAGCCUUGUUGGUCGGAGUGGGCAUUUUUCUUACCGUUUGCAUUGUGCCUGAACACUUUUGCACACACUAUGCCCCAUGAAAAUCUUCCCUUUCUUCUUCUGCCCUGCCAAGAAUCUCACACCAUGUUCUUGGGACAUCCUUCAGUUUUGUUUGAAUCCCUCAAGCUGAGUUAAGAGGUGCUUCUUUGUUUUUUCAUGGUCUUUUAGAAGCCUCUUACCUGUGCUUGCCCGCAGGUUGUGCCAAUCCAGGUCUGCCCCGUUUUGUUAUUGCUAAGGUACUUUCUCUUGGAAAGAUCUUUGUGUUACUGGGAACCUCAGCAGUGCGUUCAGCUGGGGGAAAGCAAGGGGAAAAGUGAUGCUCAAAGUUUCAUUUGGGACCAAAAUGAAGUUGCAAAGUGACCCUUCACAUGGAUAGGUUGGUUGGGGUGGUUUUUUGCAAGGGGAUGGAUCAGGAAAAGUGUGUUGGUGAUCCAUCUCCAGGGGUGGGACAGCAUGGCCAGCAUUGUGCUGCUGAAUCCUCCCACACUUCUACAGCCCAGAUCCCACCUGUGUUUUCUGCUGGGGCUGUGUCUGUGAUUUCAAACCCCCUCUCUCCACAUUUUCCCUGUGUUGAAUCAAGAGCCUCUUAAGGAUAUUUAGGUGGCAACUUCAUUUCUGUGUGGCCUUUGAGAAGCUGGGCAUUGACUUGCUUGGGGUGAAGGGAAUAUCAGGGUUUUUUUUUCCCUCUCCUGUUUGCUUGACCAGAGGCAGCAACCAGUGGAGAUCCAGGACUAUUUUGCCUGGGGGGAAAGGCUCUGCACAAUUUUUCCUGCCAUUUUUCACCAUUCAGGAGGGAAAACAUUUUUCUUAGUGGGAACCAAGGCUUCCAGCUCUUCUAGUUCCUUUCUUUCCCAUUUGAUCCAUUGUCUCCUGCAAUUUUUCCCUCUCUGUGCUCACAAACUCCUUUUGGCUCCAGCUUUCUUUGUGCAAAGUGAACCCAGUGAUACCCUUGUCUUCCAUACAGAGAAACCUUUGAAUGCAAAAUGGCUGCAAAUCGUGCUGUGAAUUGUGCAGAUUUCCCCCUGGUGUGUUGCAAAAUGCCUCUGGUAAGACAUGUCAGCAGGUCCUAAAUGACACUUGAUGGCCUGUGUUUUCUAGUGGCCACAAGAAUGGAAAUGGCAUUGGGUGAGGCAACAGUCAGCAUCACUCCAGCCAGCUGCUCACUGCCAAUUUGGUGCAAGUCAGAGAUAACAAAGAUUUAUUAUCUUAUUUGUUUGCAAUUACUUUUUGAGGCCUGCUGGAAAUCUGGCACACAAGGAUAUGAUAUAGAGGCAGGAGCUCCAAAUGAGGAUGAGGAUGGUGUCAUGCAGUCCUACUGCAGCACAGGUGCAACUGGUCUUUAACAUAGGAGGCAAAGUCAACAGGACUUCAAGGCACAAUUUUUGUGGGAGGUAAUUUUCGUCAUGUCCUAAUUUUCACACCCUAUUGGCUUUUUAUUUUUUUUUUUUUGGAAGGUCUAAGAAAGAUUCCAGCUAUAUUUGUGGCAUCAUUUCAAAGAAAUUCUGGCAUCCACAACUGUGCCAUAAAUCAUCCCAUCUUGUUCAUUCAGGCAAAAAGGCUUGACCUGGCUUUUUGGGUUAACUUAUACCAGAGUUAACUCCAAAUAAUGGUCCUUGUUUUAAUGAUAUUAUUUGUAUCUGUGUGAAUGAGAACAAAGCCAGCUCUAACUGAAGGUUUCAUUGCUUAUUAACAUAAAUCUUUUAAUUCAUGUCCUAAAUCACAGUCAAAUACUCCCUGCAAAGUCUCCACUUUCAGUCCUUCACUUCUCCUAUGCCUGUAUGACACACCUGGUGGUUAUCUCCCAAAAGAAGUCUUAACCACUAGAUUAAAAGAAAAUAAUUGGCUUUGUUUUGCUAAUAAGGCAGUCCCAAUAAUAAAAACUUUUAAAAGGACGGACAGGUAAACUUUGUCCCUUUGCUGAGCCUUUUUCAGGCUGGUCUUUGUUCCCCUGCUCCUCCCAAGUCUGAUUCUGUAUUUUUCAGAGGACAGAAACAGCUUUUAGGUGAUGCUGAGCGUGGACAGAGGAGACCAGGGGAGGCUGAAAGAGGUGCAAAAGUCAAAUUUCCAGCAGGUCACCCUGAACUGCUGCAGGGGUGCCCAGAGCCUGGUUUUGAGGUGCGCCUGUGCUGAACAUGGAGCUGUGGCCUUGAAUGAGAGCCUGGGACCUGCUCUCCAAGAAACUUUUGGACAUUUGUUUUCAGGAUCUGGGUCUAGGUCUGGAGAGAAAUAUCACAAAUGGCCCCACUUGUGAGAUGGAGCAACCUCUGAGCGUGGGACCUGAAGCCACAAUCAGUUUUGGGGCAUUUGAAGCCCAAGUGUGAGUUCAAGCUGUCUGAGGAAUUGGUGUCUCCAACAGGAGAUGCAGCUUGAGAUGUUGCCAUCUCUAAGCAGGUGACCCUGUGAUACAGGAACAGAGUGCUAGCCAUAAGUCGAAUUUCCCAAUAUUUGGGAAGAGACUUUGAUGUUACUCAAGUGCAGAUUUUGUAUGUGAAUUUCCUUGUUGACUCAUCGUCUUAUUGGUAAUUUUUAAAACAAAAAUGUCAAGGAACUCACUGAAAACAAACCUCUUGUCCAGCUCAGAAAGCCAUGCUAUUUCUUUAGACAGACUAUGUGAUAGAUCAGGUUUUCUAAAAAUGUGUUUUGUUUCAAAUGCCACUUAAUAGAUCCAAAUGAAUUCUGUAGGGCCAUUGCUAUUUACAGAUGAAUAGGUGUAUUUUUGCAUUUUUAAUUGAUUUUUAAGAUUUUAAAUUAUGUGAAUUUUUAGAACAAGUUUGUAUAAACUACUUGAGAAGCCAGAGCGUCACCUCAGGUACAAGUGCGCCCCUUCCUAACAGUUAUCAAAGAGCAAAGAAAUACACAUUUACUCAUAUUUUUCUCAAGAGGGAGCUACUGCAAACCUCAUUUCCCUUCUAUCCUCAGACCGCUGUGGUCACAGCAACAUUAUUGCUAAAAAUAAAAUGUAAGUAUUAAAAGAGAAACUGAGCUUUCUAAGGAAUUCACCCCAGAGUUAUCUCGUAUAAAGAUCCUUAGCAGUGAGUGUUUCAUUGGGUAUGUUCAAAAGGCCAGGAGCAGGCUGAGGAUUUCUGUUACUCCAUCCUCACUGAGCAAGCCCUGAGCCUCCAUCCCUUUCUCCCUGCACCCCUGUGGUCCUCCCACCCACAUCCUCUCUCUCCAUCGUGGGUCAGCAUCUUCUGUUUUCAUCAGUAUCCUUUUUGUGAGGCAGAAACAAGGAAAUCAGAUACAAAAGCUCCUUCACCUGUAACACAGAGGCCGCGAGGUGGAGGGUGGUGGCACAGGGGGGAUGUGGCUGCCCCCUCCAAGCCCUGCGUGGUCAUCACUACUCAGCAGUGUAAAAGCAAACUCUUGCUUUUAGCACAAAAACACCUCGACUUUUCUGCGUCACAGAGCAAAAUCUGCUUAGAGUAAGGGCGUGGGUUCGCUCUUUUUUUUUUUAACAAUAACAAUAGGGAGGUUUUUUAAUAAUAAGGAUAAUCGUAAUGCAUAGGAAUCUUCUUUAGUAUAUCUUAGUGUUCGAUGCCCCAGUGACACAAUACUGCUUGCCUUAUAUUAGCAUCUAGAGGGAGGGGGAUUACACAUCUUUUGAUACAGUAUUAAUCACGCUUAUAAUUUAGGUAGCAGCAAGGAGCGGCUGCUGCAGGAGGAGCAGCCGAGUCCUUUUUAACAUAUGAAUGUGCUUUCCAGACUAUCUCACUGACUGUACUCUCAAUUUUGCCUGCUACUGCAUGCAGCCUGAGAUGAGUAGACAGCCAUAUGCUCCAGCUGUAUCUGCACUCCCAGAUUGCUGUAGUACCUGACAAAGUAACAUUGCCAAAAGCAUCGUUUUUGGGAGAGACCUUCCUCUCAGUGACCCAUCACAUAGGGUGCUGCCGUGCUUCUGUAAGUAACACUGCUAUACCAAGUGUCUGUCCUGCUGCGACUGGUCAUUGCCCCAUCCCUCCGAUACAGCAUGCACAAACUCCCCUUCUACAGCUUGCAACUAAGGGAGAAAAAGAGACGUUUGUACCUGUGAUUCAUUGAAAUGUGUAUACGGGGAGAAAAAUUACAAAUUGUGUUGGCUGUGUAUAACAUUCUCCUUACCAUCCAGAUGCCUCUGAAGAAGAGCACCCCAGAUACCCCUUUUGAGGGUUUGGAGGAGCAGGCAGUGCCAAGGAUGGAGGCCUGAUCUUUAUUUAGGAGAUGCUAUUUGAACCCACACAUGUGGGACUUGCUGUAUUUCUGUAUGAAUUCCCAUAGGGUUCUCUCGCCUGCAUCCAGCUUUGUUCUGCAUGUUCAUCUGCCUGCAGCCCAGCCCAAGGGGCGAGGGGGGAAUGUGACUCCCAAACUUUGGAAAACCCUCUUUGGAAAAUUCAUCUGCCUUUGUCUACAGCCCUUGGGGGUCUCAGGGGCCCUGCAGCUGUGCCAUCUCCUUCUCUUUUGGGAGCAUCUCUCACUCUCCUUACAGUGAGGCACUGAGCUACCUUCACACCUCCAUGAAGGUUUUCCUGCUGUAAUAUCAGAUUCAUGAGGCCUUCAGGGUUUGCCCACCUUGCUGGUGUUUGCAGUCCCUUGUAUCUCUUAGCACUGCUGCCAUAAUCUAUAAUUUGUCAUCAUAUGACACUGGCCCCAUAUCCUCACCUUCCUUAUCCGGACUAUGUACAGGUGAAGAUGUAAUGCCAGAGCUCAGCUCCAAGAUUUGGUUUUGGCCUGGCAUCACUAAGACACACCAGGAAGCCUUCAUGUUUUGUUAGCAUGACAGUUUUGCUUUUUAUUGGCAAUUUAUUUGCUUUCUCAUUGAGCCAUUGUGGCCUCAACACAUCCCUGGUUUGUUCUGCUGGAGUUUUUCAGUGCAGGGAUGGAUUUUGCCCCUCAGUACAGCACCCUGGGAAGGUUUGUCCCCUUGGCUUUAGCUGCUUGCAGUGAAACAGGGAUGAGGGCUCCAUUCUGUUUUUUCUGUCAAGCUGAAUGUCUCAUAGAAGUGCUUACAGACUCAAACGCUGUUGAUGCUUUUGUUCCCUGAAGCAAAAGCUGCUUUUGAGACCUCAGUCCCCACUAGCGGUCCACACAUCUGGCUUUACUGCCAGGCUUCAGCUCAAUAUUGGGGAGAAACAGAAAGCAGCUGGUCCAAGCUGUGCUGUUUCUAAAGCUGCCAGUGAGCCUGGAAGCAUCUUGGCCUCUCCUAAUUCCUGUAAAUACAGCUGCAGAUGCAUUGCUCAAGCAGCAUCUGUUUGAUUAGUCUUGAGAAACCAGAGCUAAAGGCAGCUGCCAGCUGCAAAGCUUUCCCAAACUCAGUGCCAAGCUCAGGCUCGAUUUCACCUGUAGCUCCGCCUGUGAUUUUGGGGCAGGGUUAAUGGUUUCAGGUAGAGGCCAUGCCAGACUCUCCAGUUUGGGUGGCUCUGGCCCAAAACACAAGGGUGAAUGUUGCCCCGCCAGUGAAGCUUCCCCUGGAAUUCCAGCUUCAUUUGACACUGAUGACUGUGGACCUGGGGAGAUACUCUCUCCUUCCCACUGCAAGAAAAGGUUGGUACAAGCCUUGCAAACCAAGACGAGAAAAUGCCUCCUUAUUUUAGCAUGCCAUGGGCACCUCCGGUUAAGAGCAGAAGCAGCAUUUCAAGGUAAUUCCUUAAAUCUGACCAACACAGUAUCCAUGACCCGAUAUUUCACAUAUGCAGUGAUGCUCAUGAAAGAUGUGGCUGUAGAGGGCUCAGUCCCUAAGCAUCUCCAUAGACACUGUGUCCAGCCUUGCUGAUGACAUGAGAAGAAGUCAUUAAAGCUGGUGACAGGUCUUUUCUGUCCUGCCUGGUUAUUCACGUUGGUCCAUCAUCUCCCCUGGAGCUGAAACUAUCCCACGCUCCCACCAGCAGGCAGGAUGGAGACCCUUCUGUGUUGGUAACUCUUUUCCAUCACCCAAAACCAAACCCUAAAAUUUCAAGUUUCUUCAACUUUUCUAAAAAAAUUCAUUAACAGGGUAGAGAACCUGAGACUUUCAGGAAUGUUGAAGCAAAAGAAAAUAUAGCUGAUAAAUUACAAAGGUUUUAUGAUUUUAAAUCAAGAGCAGAUUUUAAACAUAGUUGCUGUUGCUGCGUGGUAUAUCAAAUGCUUUAGGAGAUUCAAUAAAUUAUUCUUAUGAAUGUUUUAUUCUUUCAUCAGUAAUUCGUAUAGGUGGGUGCCACUGUUCUUAUACAGCAAUGUGCCACACACUAAAACUAUAUUCCUGUUUCUCCAAUAUAGACAUUGUACUUAUGAAAUUUAUCUUGCUUAGUGUCACUUUGGCACACUGUCCACAUAUACUGCGCACAGAUUGCACAUUACAUGCCAAAUGCUGAUAGGUAUCACCACAUGGAAUAAGGGUAUGUGUGUUGAACAGACACCAAAGUGUUACCUGCCUUGUUUGUGAUGUGACUCAACAUAACUGGGAAAAGAGGAAAAUGAAAAUCCUGUUUUGUUAAGAAAUACACUGCAUUUAAUUGCUGCUUUAAACAGAUUUUACCAGGAAGCUAAAAAAAGUGAGAUUGCUUCUGCAAUGUUACUUAAAAAAUACCUAAACAAAACACACACAACCCAAAAAUACUUAACAACUACUGUACUUCUAUAUAUUCUUCAUUGCUGUUCAUCUGAACUGUAAAUUCUGUACAGAUUGAAUGAAGUUCACAGUUUAUCUUUGUCAUAACCUGCAAGAUAAAAGGACAACACAACUUUGGCUGCAAAAGCGUGUACAUGUUGUUUGCCUACAUGCGUAUACAUAUCACUGUAUGUGCAUGUGUAUGCGAACAUAUGUGCACACAUGCUUUAAAACAGAUAAAGCUGCAUCUGAGAUGCAUGGGGGAAAAAAGUAUCUUUUUUUUUGGUGGUGGAAGAGUGAUGCAAUUGCUUUAAACGAUAGUUUCUUUGGCUUCCUUUCAAACAAGUAAAAGAGUAGAGUGGCCAGUGCCAAUUCCCAGUCCAAACUGAAAAGCCCAUUCGUAGGAUGUAUGGCCACUGUUUUCCUGUGCCACUGGAGAGCGAAGGGUGCUGUGACAGGUGACCCUGGUGGCAGCUGUGGUGGCUGAUGGGCAAGUGCCAAGGUCACCCACAAACACGGCAUUGCUCCCGAAUGGGCUACUGCCUGGGCAGAGGGUCCUGCUCUUACCUUUGCCUACAUAUUUUAAAAAACCCUCUAGUUAGAGACGUUUUAAAAUAAAGUUAUCAAAAGCCCAUUUUUUAUUUUAAAGUUAUGAAAGAAAUGACAAAAGUUAUAAUCAAUAGAUCUUAUUUUCCAAAGAGGUCAGCCAUCAGACUUCAAUCGCCCCCAUACAGGGAUUUCACUCUCCUCCUCAAAUAAAUAAUCUACAAUUUAAUUUUGCCUGGAUUUUCACAUAUAUAAGAUCUAUAUUGGAUAGAACUUAUCCUUCAGUGUUUAAAUAAACAAAGGCAUGAAGAACUAACUUUUCCAGUUAAAUACUGCUGGAUGCUAUUCAAAAAAAAGCAAUCAGAUUUUGCAUUGGCCUGAAAUUCAUCUCAAGGUCUAAAGUUAAAAUUAUCAGCUGUAAGAGCCGCUUCAGUCCCAAAUACGUUCCUAAGCAAAGGGCACAUGCAUUGCUGGAGUAUAUUGAAUCUGUCAUGGUUUAGAACCACAUCUGGCUCAUUUGGCCUUAAUUAUGGUAAAAACGGUUCAUGUAUUUGUCCUGACAAGGACCUGAGAGGUGAGUUUCACAAUGGGACGGGCCGUUCUUGCUCAGCAUGGGUGCAGGUGCCUCCGCGGGGACAAAUCUGGGGCUCGGCUGAGCACGGAAGUUUGGUUGUCCUUACAAAAGCAAAGGCAGCUGCUGCUUUGCUUCCUUUCAUUUGCUCCGUUGCCUUGGCUUCUUUGCACUUUCGUUUCAUCUCCAAAGAAUCUCUCAUAAUGCCUUUGGUACUUCUGUACAAUUUUAAAACAUUUUGUAUGUAUUGAAUGGUUCACACUUUCUCUGUAAAAUAGCACUCGGACUUUUUCUUUCUUUCUUUUUGGUGAAUGUGUAAUUUCCUCUGUACAUUUCAAUCAUGACUUUGUGCAAUGUACAUUUUAUAGGGACAGAUGCCAAGGGAAUGACCGGUAUUUUUCUAAGGGAAUAGCUAGAAGCCGAACAACACAGUCACAGAUGGUUUUACAUUAACACUGCGGAAAAGCAACGUAGCCCAGACUUUUACACCGAAGUGUUGAGCAUGAUACAGCGUGUACCUUCACAUGAAUGACUGUGACAGCUGCAAAACAGUAUAUGUGUGAUAUGAAAAACAACAGUGAUGGUUGCAAAUGGAAGGGAAAUGGAGGAAAACUGAAUAAUCACAAUCAUUAAUUUAAGCCUCAAAGCAUCAGAAUGGAAAAUUUGCAUUCAGUAAAAAUAACAGAGAUUUAACCUUCAUGAGAUGAAAUACACCUUUAUUUUUCUUUGCA